CGGCCGGCGUGAUGGGCGCCCCUUCCUCCUGCCCCUUCUCCGCAGGCUUUGCCUCCCCCUGCGCCUUUCUGGCCGCGCAUUCGGGCACUAACGGCAGCACGCUAUGGGAAAGGCCCGUGGCUGAAGAUCUCCUGCUGGUGGACUGCUCGGCGGAGCACGGUGGCUCUCCAGCCUGCCUCGUCAUCGGGAGCCCUGCCUUCCUAGCCCUCCUCGACCUGGAAACAGGCCAGACUCGGUGGCAUGAGGCAGCCAGCUUUGGGGUUAACUCUACAGUCCUGAGUCCCUUACUGAAGAUCCCUGAUAUCAACAGAGAUGGGGUGCCUGAUUUCUUGGUCUUUGCUGCAGCAGGAGAGGAGAUUAAAAGCUUCUUCUAUUCAGGGACAUCUGGCACCCAGAUGAAGUUUAGCGGAAGCCUGCGUUUGCCAGGAUGGAUUGGACACCUCUUGCACAUCACCAAGAGCGGAGCCCACUACGUCCUGUUCUACACGGCAAAGGCUCUGUUUGCCUACUCUCUGAACCAGCUCUAUCACAUGGCUGUGGGUGCAGCAAGCCCAGCCCUCGCUGACCUGAAGGAAGACGCACACUGGGAGAGGGUGAUUCAGCACAGAGCCCAAGAGGUCCCCCUAGCCAGCUCUGGAGACAUUCAGUACGUGACGAAAAUGUCAGAGAAACCAGGGAGCCAUAUUUUGGUUGCAAGAUCAGCUAUGUUGGAGCUGGUGAAUGGGCAGCAGCUGGGUUCAUUGUGGGUUGUUGGUGUGCCACACAUCCUGAGUGAGCCAGUUCUUGGAGCCUUUGGUGCUGACGAGAUUGCCAUGGCCGUUGAAAGCAGAGUCAGACACAAGACAAAGAAGAUUACAAUUGUGGAUGGCAGCUCUGGAGCCAUCAAGUGGGAGGUGGAGCUGCUUUCAGAAACCCGGAGUCCCAAGCCAGCCACUCUUGCGACUGCUGAUCGUAGAUCCGUCUUCCUCUUUUGGGGCCUGUACCAGGAGGAAAGAAAUGGAACUGGAUCUGGGCAAGGAGCCCAGCAGCAGCGGCUGUACCUUUUCCAUCCCUCCCUCCCCAACACCCUCUUGGAGCUGACCAACAGCACCGAGCCCAUAGUGGCCUUUGAAGGGUUGCUUUUCGAGCGGAGCCGUCAUGCCUGUUAUGUACUGCUGGCGGGCCCCCAGGCUGGCAGCUCUCCUGGGAGGGUGGUCCUGUCAAAGCGGAAGCUGAAGGAAGACAUUUUCGGCAGCCACGUAAUCUGGCUUAACCAGAUGCCCCAAGAUACUGACCAGAAUGUGCGGGACCAUUUCCACCGAAUGAGAUUCCGUAGCUUUGGGUGAAGAGUGCAACCCCUGCGGAUCGCCAGUCUGAAGCCAGCCAGGGAGAAGGCAGCCUGUACUGGGCUCCUGGAACAGUUUGGUUAGUCCACAGCCAGGAUUUGAAUCCCUUUCUGUGGAUGGGGUGUAGAGGCACUUGGUUAAGCAACAACAGAACGUGGAGGGUGGAGACUUUGUGCCCCUCUCUGACCAAAAGGGGCAUCUAUUCCCCACGGAGGGGAAAGGUUCCCAGAGAUGGUGCAACUGGGGGUGGGUGCAGUUCUAACAGAUUUCCUGGCACAGAGGCCUCUGAUUCAUAUGCCAUCUGGCUCUUGGUCAUCCGUCCCACUGGAGCAACUGACUCUGUGUGGCUUGGCUGCUGUAACUGCAUCAGCCCCCUGAAGUGCCUUGAGAGCCCUCUCAGAGGCAUAGCCUGCUUGGAUCCUGCGACUGCCCAGGAGAAUCCUGUGCGGAACCACUGGAGCAGCUCAACCUGCCUUGGCCUCCUCUGCUCCCAAAGUAAUGUGCUCAGGCUAGUUCUGAUCUCCAGCUCACAGGCACGCAGCCGGGCAGGUCAGCCUUGCCGGAUACCAGGGGCAACCCUCUCUUCUGCCUCCUUGUUUUCUUUCUCCCAAGCCUCAGGAGCUGCUUUUUCUGUCACAGUCUGAGAUGGAGGAGCUUUACAGAGCUGAAGUUCAUUUAUCUGGCCUGUCCUGGGUUCAGACUUGCAAUUUCAAUAAAUUCAGCUUUUGCCCACGAA